GAGUGGGGCUUGAUUAACUUGCGGGGCUCUACGCAACUUCCAUAGUGUGUGUAUAGGGCGAUCCGGCCCUGUUCUCAUCAAUGGGGGAGAUGUCGAUGUCGAUGGCUGUACUCGCUCUGGUCUCAGUUAUUUCGGUCAGUGUCCCCUCAGCACCUGUUGCUGCCCAGAUCAGGCUGGUGAAUGGAAAGAGUCGGUGCUCAGGUCGAGUGGAGGUGUAUCUCUCUAACCAGUGGGGAACUGUGUGUGAUGAUGGCUGGGACAUGAGUGAUGCUGAGGUGGUAUGCAGAGAGCUGGGAUGUGGCUGUGCUAUAAAUGCCCCUGGGUCAGCCUUCUAUGGUGCAGGGACUGGAUAUAUUUUGAUGGAUGAUGUUGCAUGCUCUCUAACUGAACAGUCUCUGACCCAGUGCUCCUACAAUAGCAACCCUGACUGUAAGCAUGAAGAGGAUGUAGGGGUGGCUUGUACCGCUACAGGUCCCUCCAUCUCUCUCAUCUCCUCAUACUCAACAGUCUCAGCUGGAGAAACUGUUCAGAUCAGAUGUUCUAGGAGUGCAAGCCGGUGCAAUGGCAACUUACUUCUGUACAGAAAUGGAGUCAAUGUGAAUUCAGAGGCUCUUAGUUUCCUCCAGAGCAGCGCUACGUUUACUCUGUCUAAUGUGGACUCCUCUCACCAGGGCAGUUACACAUGUGCCUACUCCUCCUCCUCUACUCAUAGCCAGUCCAUUAACAUCACUGUAGGUGAGUAAAGAGGUGUCAGCUAACCAGACACACUAUCAUAAAGUGAGGUUGGAAGCAAGUAAAGCGUAGUUAUUAAAAUGACCCUUAUGCCACCUCUGUCAACUAUGUAACACAA